CCCGGGACGCGCCGCAGCCCGCCCGCAUCCUCGGCCCCCGCCGCGCACCGCUCCGCUCCGCAGCGCAGCGCACCGCAGCGCACCGCAGCGCAGCGCACCGCGUUGCCGGCCGCCGCCCGCGCCUCGCCCGCCGCUCCCGGCCCCGCUGCCAGCGCCAUGUCCGCAGGGGGAGACUUCGGGAACCCGCUGCGAAAAUUCAAGCUGGUGUUCCUGGGCGAGCAGAGCGUUGGGAAGACAUCUCUGAUCACACGGUUCAUGUACGACAGCUUCGACAACACGUACCAGGCUACCAUCGGAAUCGACUUCUUGUCCAAAACCAUGUACUUGGAGGACCGCACAGUGCGGCUGCAGCUCUGGGACACGGCAGGCCAGGAGAGGUUCCGCAGCCUCAUCCCCAGCUACAUCCGAGACUCCACAGUGGCUGUGGUGGUUUAUGACAUCACCAACCUCAACUCCUUCCAGCAGACCUCCAAGUGGAUUGAUGACGUGCGGACAGAGCGGGGCAGUGACGUCAUCAUCAUGCUAGUGGGCAACAAAACAGACCUUGCCGACAAGAGGCAGAUAACCAUUGAAGAGGGGGAGCAGCGCGCCAAAGAACUGAGUGUCAUGUUCAUCGAGACCAGUGCGAAGACCGGCUACAAUGUGAAACAGCUCUUCCGACGCGUGGCCUCUGCUCUGCCCGGAAUGGAGAAUGUCCAGGAGAAAAGCAAAGAAGGGAUGAUUGACAUCAAGCUGGACAAGCCCCAAGAGCCCCCGGCCAGUGAGGGUGGCUGCUCUUGCUAAUGCAGCCGGACCUUGGCUUCCUCUGACACUUCUGCUUGUUGUGUUGCUUCCUAUUGGUUAGCUUCCUAGAGGGGGUGGGACAAGCUCAGCAAGAUGGGAGGACUUUUCUUUUCUCUCUGUCUCUAGAGGUAGGGUAGGGUGGGGAGGGAGGCUGGGCAUCAGGGAUCACGUCACUCUAACAGCUGUUACUUAAACAACUAUUUUUUGGUUUGGUUGUAAUAUAUUGUACUUUAUUAAGAUUGCCAAAAACUGUUAAAAUUUAAAAAAAUUUAAAUCAUGUGUAUACAACUUUUUGCCAGAUAAAAAAAAAAUGUAGUCCUUUUUAUUUGAAA